ACACCCGCCCUCUCUCCUCUCUCUCUCGGAAUAUUCGAGACAAGUAGAAAAAUUAAUUAAAAAGAAGAGGAAAAGGAGGGAGAAAAAUUGAGUCCCGUAAGGCUAGGGUUCACAAUUCCACUGCCGCUUGAUCCAUACUUGAUUCUCCGGGUUUCUGAUCGAGGUUCACUACUAGUAUAAUGGGAGGGGGCGACGUGGCCAAUGAAGGAGGCGAUUCAUGCAACGCCGUUACGGAAGAGGUGACGGUGAACAUCCGUUGCUCGAACGGCUCGAAAUUCGCUGUUCAGGUGAAAUUGAACUCGAAAGUUGAAUUUUUCAAGUCAAUCCUUGCUGAGAAAUGUGAAAUCCCCCUUCAGCAACAGCGUCUGAUCUACAAAGGCCGCAUCUUGAAGGACGAUCAGACCCUUCAAAGCUACGGUCUGGAGGCCGAUCACACUGUCCACUUGGUUCGAGGUUUUGCAACAGCUGCGCCUGCAGAUAGUGCAGCUACAACUGGUGCUGGGGCUCGAAGUGCUAAUCCAGUUUCAACCACGGAUGGUGGCUCUAAUCAAGGUGGAUCACUUGGAGGAUCUGGUUCUGGGUCUUCAUUGUUUCCUGGACUCGGCCUCAAUGGUCUAGGAAACAGCAAUGGUUUAUUUGGAAUUGCACUUCCUGAGAUGGAACAGAUGCAGCAACAGUUAACUCAAAACCCCAACAUGAUUAGAGAGCUUUUAAAUAUGCCUCUAGUUCAGAAUUUAAUGAAUGAUCCUGAAACCAUUCGUAACUUUAUUGUGAACAAUCCUCAAAUGCGUGAGGUCAUGGAUCGUAACCCGGAGCUCGCACACAUACUUAAUGAUCCCGCGACCCUACGUCAGACAAUGGAGGCAGCACGGAACCCUGAAAUAAUGCGUGAGAUGAUGCGCAACACUGACAGGGCAAUGAGCAAUAUUGAAUCUUCUCCUGAGGGUUUUAACAUGCUGAGAAGAAUGUAUGAGAAUGUGCAAGAACCCUUCCUUAAUGCAACAACCAUGACAGGUGACAAUAGUUCUGACUUGGGAUCAAAUCCAUUUGCGGCUCUGUUGGGAGCUCAAGGUGGGGCCCCCCGAAGAGAGAACUCCACCAGUACCACGACUCCUGGACCUGAAAGUACAACCAAUUCCCCUGCUCCAAAUACAAAUCCACUUCCCAAUCCUUGGGUCUCUACUGGAACUGGAAGAACGCAGACAAACUCAGGUGUGAGGUCCAACCCUACUGGUGAGGUGAGGCCUGUGUCACCUGGUGGCUUGGGUGGACCUGGUUUUCCAGGUUUUGAGCAAAUGCUGGGUUCUGUACCAGAUCUCACCUCUUUUAAUCAGUUAAUGCAAAAUCCCACCAUUUCUCAGAUGAUGCGUAAUCUCUUAUCUAAUCCUCAGUACAUGAAUCAGAUACUUGGCCUCAAUCCGCAGCUGCAGAGCAUGCUUGAUUCCAAUCCUCAGCUUAGAGAUAUGAUGCAAAAUCCUGAUUUUAUUCGUCAAUUGACUUCUCCUGAGACAAUGCAGCAACUUCUGAAUUUUCACCAAGCUCUGUCAUCUCAACUUCGUAACCAGACAUCUCGAGAACCAGGACAAAAUGCUGGUGGAACAGCUGGAACAGCCAAUGUCGGAUUGGAUAUGUUGAUGAACAUGUUUGGUGGACUUGGGGCUGUUGGUGGCACCACAACUCCAAACAGAUCUCAAGCGCCCCCUGAAGAAUUAUAUGCCGCACAACUCUCUCAGUUACAGGAAAUGGGCUUCUUUGAUACCCAAGAAAACAUCCGAGCACUGAUCGCCACUGCAGGAAACAUCCAUGCUGCUGUGGAGCGACUUCUGGGAAAUCCUGGCCAGUAGAGUGAAGUUAAUAUCUCCUGGGUUUACAUGGCUACACUGGUUUGGGGACGGAUUUUGGCGUCAUUGGUAUUAUGGGAUCAAAGAACUUGAAUAUAUAUGAGGUUGUUGAAACGCUUCCCAAUGCUCCUCCCUGCCCAGGACUAAAAAGGAAAAGAAAAUAUAUAAGAACGAGAUCAUGUAAAUAUAGUGUGAACUACAAUAUACACUCCCAUUUUCCAUAAUCCUCUUUCUCGUACAUUUAUAUGGCCGAGAUCCUAAGCGUAGUAUCUAUUAUGACUGGUUCAAGGUGUGUAUUCUGGAGGCCAGCUGAUUCAAGUAUUGUCACUAUUUGUUAGGUUCUCACUUAAUCAGAACGAAUGCAAUUUAUUUAGGAAGUACAGGCGUUGUUCCCGAGCAACCUUGAGAACUUCAGAAAAUAUGCCGAUUCCACCACAAGUCCGUAAGAGUUUAUUUAAGUUUGAUGUUCUCCAUUGAAGUUCUUUAGCAUUUUGAAUCAUUUCUUGUGCGAGUAAAUUAUUUCAUUUCUUC